GAAAUGAAAGCCUUUAAAUUGGCUCAUUCAAUCAAUCCUGUAACUAGUCGCUGAAUUAAGUGGCCUGAAAGUGAGAGUCUGUAGCAUCUGCUGAAACGUAUUUUUUUCCCUUCAGCUCUUUACUACCGACUACUCAUCAUGCCUGAAAUCACAUCCCGCAGUGGGCCGGUCGACGACCCAUUUCGUCCCAGUUUGCAUGUAUCGACACCCUUGAGUCCUGGUCGAAACAUUGUCCCUCCAGACUCUUCCACAUCACCCAGUGGCUUCGGCCAGGUCAUUUUCCAGCCUACAAUAAACGAUGCGGCAAGCCCUAGUUCUUGCUACCCUCAUGCCGACCACCACCGAGCUGAACGGUGCGAUAGCAUACACCGCGCUCAAGCAGAAGCGUAUUAUGACAGUCGCGCUGCCACGAAAAAGGAAUUUCGUCGACGAGCUAGUACCCUUCAAGAAUACUACAAGCAGAAUCCACAUCUACUUCCGCAGUUACCGUUCACUUGGCGUCACGGUGGCCGGCGUUUCAGACUCUCCGCCAUCGUCCUCGUGAUGUGGAUUGAUGCAUGUAUUGUGCCUAUUGCCCUUUACUACGGACUUUAUUAUGGCGGCGACGUCCAAAACUGGAUCACCUUCGCCGUCGUCACAACAGUUUGGGGAGGUCCCACAUAUCUCGAGUUUGCCAUCCGGAGUUUGAGCCUUAUCAAGAAGGAGAGCUUCUACCGGCCACUAGGGACAAACAGUCGCUGGUGCUUCGAUGUGGUCACAUGGGCAUCAGUGGUCUCCAUAACCGCGGUCACAGCACUAUUCAUUAUUGGAAGCGCUCCACACAUCGUCUGGCUAAGGGUUCUUUGCAUGCCUGCGCCGUCCUUGUUAUACACCUUAGGUGGCGUUUCGGGCCUGCUCACCUUUUAUAAUGUGCAUCAUUGGAAAGCGCCGUUCCGCCUCAGUUCUACAGGCAAGGGGGAGCCGGUGAAGCCUGGUGUAUACUACUUCAUCGAAGAUGUAGUAGCAGUCAACGCCAACGCGGGAAGACCAUAUCGAGAAGCACUUGCGGCCCGUUACGACGCAAGCCCACGAUUCCGCCAAAUGAUGUAUAACCAAUCCCUCUUCUGGUCUAUCCCGGCUCUAAUAAUUGCUACGCCACUCACAGUAAUUGCUGUGGUACACUCGAUACCCGCAACAGUGGCGUAUGGCAUCUGUUGGGCUGUGCCUUUCCUUUGGGCUACCGUUUGGGCGUGCAUCAGUGUACAUUGGGUUCGAAGCGACAUGCGCAGAGAAAGACGAGAAUGGGAAACCCACGAAGGUUUCGUGCUGCCUGCUACCGAAGAGGAUCAGAAAUGCCAAACUCAUGAGAUCGAAGCAUAAACCAGCCACGUCAGGAAUACAAAAGAUAUAAUGAGCUAGCUAUGGCCAUUGUCUUAUCCAAAAUGGUUUGAACAACAAGCGGUUGUAAAAUGAGUGAUCGUAGAUGGCUGUCAAGAAUUAUGCAAGGGAAGCUCCGUGCUGUCGAUCGUACUUAUUUGUAUUAAUGUUACCUUCACUACCAUCCGGGAGUCUUGUUGCAAGAUCGUU